AUGGCCACGCAAGACCGCCCAAACGUCAUCUUCAUGAUGGCAGACGACCACGCAUCAAAAUCCAUCUCCGCUUACGGCGCUGGGAUCAACCACACCCCAAACCUCGACAGAAUUGCAAAAGAAGGCAUGCUAUUCAACCACUGUUACGUAACGAACAGUAUUUGUACGCCAUCGCGUGCUGCGAUCUUGACAGGAACGCACAACCACGUCAAUCUGGUCAUGACACUCAACUCCGAGAUCAACGAGCGCCUUCCCAACGUAGCCAAGAGCUUGCAAGCUGGGGGCUAUCAGACAGCCAUGGUAGGAAAAUGGCAUCUUGGAGAAGGUAAAGGGCAUGAACCAACCGGCUUUGAUUACUGGAGCAUCGUACCUGGGCAGGGCGAGUACUACGAUCCUAUGUUCAUCGAACCAUCAGGCACAAAGCGCGUGCCAGGAUAUGCAACGGAUAUCAUUGCUGAGAAGAGCUUGGAUUUCAUCAAGAACAGGGACAAGUCAAGACCAUUCUUCGUCAUGUGCCAUCACAAGGCGCCGCAUCGUAGUUGGGAGUGCGACCCCAAACAUAAGCAUCUUUACAAGGAUCCAGUUCGGCUACCAGAUACUUUUACAGACGAUUACAAGAAUAGAGCAAGGGCUGCUAAGAUUGCGAAGAUGCGUAUCGCAGACGACAUCACGUAUCAUGACCUGGGAUUGGUGCAACCAGAUGGCGGAAGCGAGAUCGGCGAGAAAUUGAUCGAUACAUACUGGUGGAACGAUCGCAAGAUCCCCAACCCAGAAGAUGUCACUAGAAUGCGCCUCAUCGAUAAAGAUGAUGGAACCGUCUUUACUUUCAAGACCCCCGCAGAGCUUGCCGAGUUCAAAUACCAACGUUAUAUGCAACGCUACCUCCGCACCAUUCAAUCCAUCGACGAUAACACAGGCCGAAUGUUAGACUACCUAGACGCCGAAGGUCUCUCUGAAAACACUAUCGUGAUCUACACCUCGGAUCAAGGUUUCUUCCUCGGCGAGCAUGGUUGGUUCGACAAGCGCUUCAUGUAUGAAGAGAGCUUCCAGAUGCCGUUCCUGAUACGCUGGCCCAGGGAGAUCAAAGCAGGAUCCGUGUGUGACGACAUCAUUUGCAACGUAGACUUCGCACCAACAUUUCUUGAUGCUGCCGGACUACGCAUACCCAGCUACAUGCAAGGCGUAUCUUUCCGCAAACUAUGGCAAAGUCAAACACCACCGGACUGGCAGCAAGUCGCAUAUCACCGGUACUGGAUGCACAACGACAUGAUACAUGCGGCAUAUGCGCACUAUGGUGUGAGGGACCAGCGAUUCAAGCUCAUUUAUUGGUAUAAUGAGGACUUUGGGCUUGAGGGUGCGAGACCAGCAGAUGCCGAGCAUAAGGAAUGGGAGUUGUUCGAUUGCCAGGAAGACCCAUUGGAGCUGUUCAACGUGUACGCCGACACCAGGUAUAGUGAAGUAGUAGGACAUAUGACGCAAUUACUGGAGGAAAAGAUGGCGGAUAUAGGGGAUACGCCUGUGCAUCCGACUAGGAGUAGACCCGGUGGCCUCCUCAAAGGGAAGAUAUGA